AUGAGUAUAUUCUUUUUUGGCAACUGUUCCGAUUGCCAACCAUUAAAAGUUGUCAGUUCAUCCAACUCAACUCUUCCUCCCUCUAUAUGUCUGUCUGUCUGUCUCUCUCACUGUCUACACGUCUUCUUUCUGUGUACAAAUGUUCGAACUUUCCCACACAUUACCUUGUACACCUGCUCAUGCUCUCUCUUUCUCUGUCUUCUUUACUCAUCAUCCACCUCUACCCCUUACCCUUCUGACUUCGCCACUCUUUCUUUGUCUACCUCCCCCUUUGUAAUAUCACUCUAUUACUCUCAUUGUGGUCUUCUUUCUUCUCCGUCUACCUCCACAUUCACUCUCACACCUUGCCUCGUUCUACCCACCUUUUUUGCUCCUCAUUCCUCUCUCCCUCUCCUCUCUUUCUCUUUCUCUCUCUAUCAACGUAAUUUCAACUUUGUUCACCUCUCUCACAUUCUAGCUUUAUUUCUUCGUCCACCCCCUCAUCCACUUCUCACUCUCUCAUUCACACUCUACUCUUUUCUCUCCUCAAUCUACCGCCAUAUGCAUUCAACUUCCCACACGCUAGUCUUCUAUUUCGCCCACUUUUUCAUUCACUUCAUCAUUCUCCCUCUCUUUCAGCUUAAACUUCUUUAUCUCUUUUACUCGUCCACACUUUCUGCUCACUCUCACUUAUUUUUACGAUCUCUACUUUCAUACUUUUCUGAUCGUCCCAUUUUUUGGUUUCCUUCUACUUUCCUUCUUUUCUUUUCAAAGUCCCUUCUUCUUAAUUUGUUUCAGUCUGCCGUCUUCCUAAUUCCUUUACGUACGUCCGCCAUCAUUUUAGGCCAUUUAAUUGUACCUAUGCUCUCGUGUUAA